GUAAUGAGGUCUCUUGGGCAGAAUCGCACAGAGGCAGAGUUACAGGACAUGAUUAAUGAAGUAGAUGCUGAUGGAAAUUGCACAAUUGACUUCCCGAAAUUUUUGACCAUGAUGGCAAGAAAAAUGAAAGAUAGAGACAGUGAAGAAGAAAUUAGAGAAGCAUUCCAUGUGUUUGAUAAGGAUGGCAAUGGCUAUAUUAGUGCUGCAGAGCUUCGUCAUGUGAUGACAAGCCUGGGAGAGAAGUUAACAGAUGAAGAGGUUGAUGAAAUGAUCAGGGGAGCAGAUAUUGAUGGUGAUGGUCAAGUAAACUACCAAGAGUUUGCACAAAUGAUGACAGCAAAGUGA